GAUGGAAUAGCGCUGUUACUAUGCUGUGCCUGCUCAGUUGGUGGGUGUACGGGGGGCAGGCAACCAGCAACUCACUUUAAGUGCACAGAGCUUGUGUUGGAAGCUUGCAGUCAUUGCCAGCGCUGAAACUGAAUCUUGGACUGUUCAAUUGCAGUACUGAACUGAAGAUUUAUUUUUAAUUUUUUUUGUUGUUAUUUUUUCUUCCAUCAUUUGUUACUCUGAGCUUCCCUAACUCUGUGUGCAAAGGCGGGGGAUGCCAGCCCGUAGCAUGGACUGUGAUGUUUCCACUCUGGUUGCCUGUGGGGUUGAUGUGGAGGUUUUUGCCAGCCAAGAGGUUAAGGAGAAAUUUGAAGGUUUGUUCCGUGCCUAUGAUGACUGUGUGACAUUCCAGCUGUUCAAAAGCUUCAGGCGUGUGCGGAUAAAUUUUAGCAGUCCCAAAUCAGCUGCUCGUGCCAGAAUAGAGCUGCAUGAAACACAGUUCAGAGGGAAGAAGUUAAAGUUGUAUUUUGCACAGAUUCAGACCUCUGAGACAGAUGGAGACAAGCUUCAUUUGGCACCACCACAGCCUGCAAAACAGUUUCUCAUCUCACCUCCAGCCUCCCCACCUGUGGGGUGGCAACCAAUAGAUGAUGCAACACCUGUCAUCAACUACGACCUCCUUUAUGCAGUUUCUAAGCUUGGACCAGGAGAGAAAUACGAGCUGCACGCAGGAACAGAGUCCACUCCCAGUGUGGUAGUGCACGUCUGUGACAGCGACAUGGAAGAUGACGAGGACCCAAAGAAUUCUCCAAAGCCAAAAAUCAUUCAAACUCGACGCCCCGGUGUGCCACCACCUGUAUCUAACUGAGCCUCUCCCGCAGAAGCAGCACUUCUCUCUCCUCCAGCACAGCUCUUGGUUUUUGUUUGCUUUGUUCUGUUGAAAGGCAGCCUUUGCCUUCUGAGCACCGGGACAUUAAGGUCAUUGAAACCCCUUCACAGUAAUCAAGCCUCUGUAACAAAAGGGCUAGGAAAAUGAUCUUUGUACCUGUAACCAUAUCACACACCAACUGAUAGAUCUAGCUGGAAAGGACAAAACAAGGCUGAGGAAACAAGGGAGGGUUUCAGUCUGAGGAUCUUUUCACGGCUAUAAUUUGCAUGCUGAAACACCACUACCAGAGAUAUCGUUUGGGUGGGAAUUAGGCCGAUAUCAGGCUUGAUAUUCAAACUCCCAGGAUUGCUACUGCCCUUCAUCGAGCAGCCUGCUCCUCUGCCCUCCUCACUUCCCAACAGACCUUAGUCUUUUCCCUUUUCACUCUUUUUUAAGGGGGUAGGUGUGUUGUUUUUACUCCACUAGCAGCUUGGUGGCCUUUUCACACCCCCCCCCCCCCCACGAAUUUUCUGUAAGGAAUACUAUCUUUAAAACAUUUUGAGAAACAACAGAAAACAACUCUAUUCCACCAACAGCUGUAGGGAAUGGUGGUCUGAAAUGGUGACAGGGAUGUGAGAUGGAGUUCUCUGGGCUGAGGGGAGAGGCAGCAGCUGCUGGAGGGUCUGGUGUCUGUCAGUCCUUCUCUCUGAGGAGGAGGGAGCCUGAAUAUCAGUAGGGAUUGUCAGUUUAUCUUCCAUCAGGGGAUGAGUGGUGCUUCUCUCCGGGUCUGCAGAAGAGGAGCUGAUUGACUGCUCAUGUAAGAUGGGAUUCCUUGCUCCUGUCAUAGCUGUAUGUUCCAGUAAUGAUACAGGCUGAAUGCUUUCCUAGUGGUGUGGUGAACAGCCCUGAAACUGUCAGUAAUUACUUGCACAUCUCUAAUAUUCAGCCCUUUUCCCUCCCCACUUCCUGUGCUUCAAAGCCCUUCUUGAGCUGUCUGCAGUUUGGGUUUGUGGAGGUGAGCAGAGGUUAGUUAAAAUUCUUUUGUUGGUUUUUUUUUUUUGUCUUUUUUUAGGCCAAAGAAAACAGGACCAUAAUUACACACUUGAAAUUAGACUGCAUGCAACUGAAUCUUCUUUUUCACCCUGUCCUGCAUGUUUCUUUCACUUGCAAUAUAUACUGGGUUACAAAAACUGUUCUGUAUUUGCAUCAUGGCUGACAGCAGACAGAUCCCAGACUCCCUGUCUGGCAGACCUUCCAUGAUGAUUUAUUUUUUUAAUGCAUACUUGUCAUUUUGAGAACAUAUUUUCUAGACAUUUGAGCUCAGAUUUUGCAUAUAUUUAAGCAUGCGCUUAAUUUAUGCACAUGAGUAGUUCCACUAAAAUUAAUACUGCAGAAACCAAGCAUAUGUGUAAGGUAUGGUGGGAUUUUUAAGCUAAUUAGCUGCAGCUGUACUCUCCAAAGUGACUGUAAAACGGCACAGUGAGCUUCCACAGUUUAAAAUCCUUUACAGCUUAAAAUAAGUAAAUACAUUUUGGAAGCUUAUUCUAGGAUCUGAAAAGUCAGUUUAGGUUCUGUAAUCAAGAUUCUUGUCGUAAAACCUAAUGAUCUGGUUUCUGAGGGAGGGUUCCAUCACACCCUUAAUUAGCAGCGAAGCUACAAAGCUUCAGCAGAGUCAAGUCCCCCUUGGACAACAGGCAUGUUGCUCUGUCAGUGAGGACAGGAGAUGGCAUUCUCAGCGGGCCUGGUGAGGACGUCUGGGAAUGAGGACUUGUCAUUCUCACAUAGUUCAUCCUCUUGACCACCACAGCCUCCUGAUAUUCCUGAUGAGAUGUAGUUCUUUACUCAGCACAUUUCUGUAAUGUGGUAAUUGCUACUGGAUUAUGGGCAUCGUUGUGUGCGUAUUACACUGAUAGAAUACUGCUCAUUAAAUACAGCACAGACUGAACAGAAAAUCGGGCUUUAGUAUCCUCAUGAUAUCUGUGUAGAGUUUUCUUAAAGUAACUCCUUAGAGGUGUCACUUAAUUAUUUUUUCAGUGAUACAUUUUAAAUUGUCUUAAGGAAACAAAUUGUUACUCAGGUCACAGCCCUAGGAAUGUAUCCUGUUGAAAACACCAUCCUAGGCUGCAAAUGGCAUUCCAGGAGUAACACCACUGGCUUUUUUGAGAACACAUCCAGACCUGAUGUCCAUGGGGUUUAGCCCAGUAUAAACAGGGACAGUAAGAUUUAAACACAUAAACAAUCAGAGAUAAUCACCAAUGGAUUUUUUUUACAGGCAAGGCUGUAGGAGGCCACAUCUUGUCCUUGCAUCCAUGUCCUCAAACUUCGGAGAGAUGAGGUUCUGAACUAAGGACUUUGGCCUCAAAUGAUGUAAAAUUGUACUGCAAAUUAAAGCACUGGACCUUAAAUGUUCUUUCCUCAAAGUGCAUUUUCAAACAUUUAAAAUGAGGCCCCGUUCAGUGACUGCUCUGUGCUUUGUAAAGCUGUGUGGUACUACCCUGGAGGCAGCAGGACACGGCUCAUUGCUUGAAGCACAGAAAUAGAAACACAAUUACAAACCUGAAAAUUCAAAGCAGCCUCUAUGGUCAAAGCUUAUAUAUCACCUGUAUGUGAUAAAAUAAUGGCCAUCGUUUAAAAAAAGAGCUUCAGGUAUUAUGGAAUAAUGUCCCUAUCAUCAAAGCAUCAGCAUUUGGGACUCAUGAGAAAAGCUGGUAUUUUACUAAAGGCUGGUUCUUGCCUGACAUGGAAGGAAGGCUUCUUUCAAAAAAUGCUGACUAUCUGAAACGGGAAUUGUCCUAUUCAGUACAUCACAGGCAGAGCCCCUACUCAUUUGAGUGUGAAUUUGCUUUUCUGUAGCUUCUCCAGGGUCAGUCGCUCUGGCUUGCGCUUCUCACAGGGUUAUCAGUGAGUUCUCUCAUGCUGGAACCCUGGAAGAAUGAAGCCUCAGUGUUACAUUGUGGCUCCUGAGGCACAGUGGCACAGCCCACGUAAUUUUAAUUUCCUCCCCAAUGCAGGAGCUGGCCGGAGUGGCUGGAGGUGAUGCCCUAGGGCCUCUGUUGGGUGGGCAUGGCUCCUGCUGCUCCUUGGAAAUUAAAAGAAGGAAAUAGGGGAGUACAGCUGCUGUUUCUGUUGCCUGCUGCCUGUUUGUCCUUUCUGGGUUCUUCAGAUAUGAAAUUGACAUUUUAAUGACUUCCUCAGUAUAGGUUGAAGCAUGAAAACAUUUCCAGUGCAUGGAGAGAGUGUAUUUUGGAAUCUGCUCUUUUGGAACAAAACAACAAAUUUCUGUGGCCUUGAUUUUUGUAAUUAAGACAAGGUAAUGCAAACUCCCCCCUUCCUAACAUACACAGACACACUCCAGUAAACUUUGUUUUCAGCCAAGAAAAUAUGGGAAGAGUAUCCCUUCCUCAACCAUAGCAAGACUACAGCCACAGUUACUGUAAAAUGUUUUAGGUUAUAAAAAUUCUCCCCCUGCAUAAAUUGCGUAGCAUCAAUUUGAUCCUAAAUUGUGUGAGAGGGGUGGAUUGGUUUUAUUUUGGUCUUUUCCACCUGUCUCCCAUUCAGCAACACUGAAGAAGCUUUCAGCAAAAAUACAGAUUGUUGUUUGUACCAAGUAAUGGACUGAACUCCUGGCAGGAUGCAAUUCCAGUGGUUUGUCUGAGCACUGUCGCAGAUGCCAUGAGCAUUUCCAUUGUAUUGUACAUAACUUUUGGAAUAUUCUAUUUAGUCAUAUUUUAUAGGAGUAUUAAAAAGCUACUGGCUAAUUAAUCACUUUUACACUUGUAUAAUUCAGAGCUUAGUUUAAAAUAAUAAAUAUGGCAAACAGUAUUCUUGUGUUCUGCUUGCAUUGGCGUUUGGAAAAGCAACAUUUAAAGAGUUAAACUAUAUCAAUAAACUGAGUAGUGUGUUGUGUGCCCCUGGUAGAAUUGAAAAUGCUUAAAUGUGUGACAUAGGCCAAACUCUGUUUCAGUAGAAAUUAGGGGGAAAACAGCCUUCUUGUUGGCAGGAUAUGCCAUGUUCCAUUUUAAGCUGCUGCAGUUUCACAGUCAUGUGAACUUGCUCUGGUUUGCUGUGGAUUUGGCUCGGUGUACACAAAAAAAGCUGCAGUGCAGUCGCUGGUGAGCAAAAGCUCGGCACGUCCCAGCCCCCCGGCAUGGUUCUCCCUGGGCUUUUAUAAUCAUGGGUGAUGCAGUGGCCAUGAAUGCUUGGACAAGAACAUGGCAUCCAGCUGCCAACUAGGCUGGGGAAAGAGUUCUGUUAACAUUCAUUAUUACAAAAAAUUGAAACUAAUGUGUCUUGCAUCAGUUUGUACUGGGUCUUGCAAAGGAUUGGAAACUGGGAGAUGAGUUUGCUGAUAACUGUCCCGUGAAAUUCUGAUAUCGAAUUGCUCAGAUCUGGAUUGGGAAAAAAAUGAUUUGUUUUUCUUUUUCUGUGUGCCUGGCAUAAAAAACUUUGUUUCUCAAAGGAUGAUUGUUCAUGCUUCUGAAAAUUAGAUCUGCUUAAGAAGUCUCAUUGGAGAUGUAAAUUCUGAGCUCCUUAAUUUCUUUGGAAAGAACAGGCCUUAACCUCUGUGUUUUAAUUAGAAAAACUAGUAAUAGUGAACUUUUUCUGGGGUUCUUUUUACCUCUUCUAGAGGUGAAAUGCAGGAGGCCUAGUUUAUUCUUCACUUUGAGCACCAAAAGAGCUUCCCUCACCACAGUGAGUUUCUUCAUCUACCCAACUGAAAUGCUGUGUUUGCGACAUGCCGGCUGUGGCUCUUCCAUCAUGCUUGGCACUGGACACAGCACUGGGAAAUAAGCUUCAGGGAAAUGAGCUUCUCUGCUAUCUGUGGAUAGCAGAGAGCUGUGUGUCCCACAGGAUCAGACUGAUCACAGUCACAGCACUUUCAGAUCCUCUAAAGAACCUUUACUGAAUUUAGUUUUGGUCCUUCUUUAGUGGCAAAGACUUCAUCACUAAACUUUUGCUGUUUCAGGCUUUCUCUCACAUACCAGUGUAAAUGUAAGAGCUUUCCAUUUCCUUGAUUCCCUUUUGGCUAAGAAAUCACAUUUACUUCUGGUUUAUCGAAAAGCAAAACCAGGUAUGGAAUAGAGUCCCAGCUCUCAUUUAUACUCAGCAUCAUGCAAUGUUCUUGAAUAACUAGUUACACUAGCAAAAGCCCCAAAUACUGCUUUUCCUGGUUUAACCCAUCUUCUGAGGGAGUACAGCAGCUUUCAAUAUUCCAGGCUCCUUUUAAAAGGAGAUGUUUUUCUAACAGUAGCUGUGCUCUUUUUUUUUGAAUACAUGUAGACUGCAGCAUUCAGGGGUAAAAUGACAAGGGAGGAAGUGCUGUAAAAGCUCUUUCCCACAGGUCUAUUUGAAGUGUGGAGUAUAUUUUCUUUGGCUUGGAGGGAAGGGAAGGCAGCACUGAUAAAGGCAGAACAGCAGCAGCCCUCUGGAUGGAAGAGCAGGAACCCUGAAUGCCCCCACUGCAGAGAUGCUCAGAAAACUUUAAAAACCAGCCUGAACUCUCUCUCCCCUUCUGUCAGUUCGUUCAGUUGCUACACAGAGAUUCUGGGGCUGCAGCAAGAGUCAUCUUAAUACAGGAUUGUGUCCUGAUGCAGUGGCUACAAAGUCUAGAUAGGGACAUUUGUUAGGGAGAUUCUUGCUGGAGUAAGGCUGGGAAAGCUGUGAAGUGUGAGCAGCCUUGAAGUUAAUGAAAAGUGAAGAUAUUCAGAACCUUAAAACAGACUUCAGGAUUCAGUUUUGAAUCAGGGGCUUCCUCACUUGCAACACUGAGAGUAUCCAGCAAGAAGGAUUAAACUUCUCUACUAUUCUCACCAGAAAAUCAGCCUUUUUUUAACAAAUUAUUGUAACUGAUCAUUUAUCUAGUGCAAGAAAGUUGUGUCUACAUUAGUGUCACACAGUUGUGUUCUCUUCACUGUUGGGUUAAUGAAGGUAAAUGUUCUGAAUCCAUUUUAGAGCAGAGUUCUUGUACAGAAACUUCAGAAAGAAAUGCCAUCUGUAAGGACUGGUGGAUUCUUAAGUGUCAGUUUGGCAAGUUGUCCUUCUGUGGGUAGCUGCAGAAAUAUUUCGUGUAUGUUGUUGUAGAUUUAAAAGCAUUACUCAUGGUUUCAUUCAAGUGUCUGCAUUUCUGACACAGAUGUGACAUAUCUGUAUAUAUUAUAAAUCAAUACUAUUUUUAACCACAUAUUUUGUACAAAUAUUCACAUUAGCUCUGUACUUCAAUGAAAAUCUAUUAUGGUAUUAAACAUUUUGGUGGAAUUAGCAAA